AUGGAUUCUCUAUCUACAGAGCUCUUGUACGAAAUCAACGAGCUGCUGCCACGUCAUGCGAUUUCACAGCUGUGUCGUGUCAACCGCCGCUGUUGCGCCGAUCUACAACCGUUACUCUUCCGGCUCCAUGGCUAUCCAAACGACUGGAAUGGCCCGUCGGCCGUGUUCUGGGCGGUCAAUAUAGCUAAUGCCAGCGAUUGUGCGUCACAGACACUGGCACUGACCGUGCUUGCCAAGGUAGAAGCCUUUUGCCGCAUUGGGCCGGGUGAUUUGGAUCGCAGCUUUAGCCGUCGGAACUGCGACGUCGACGUUUGGACCGUCCGUCGGAGCCGCUGUAAAUCUCCCUUGUAUGGAGACCGCACCAAGGAAUGGCCGGCUGAAGUAGGAAGGCACGCGUCUUUCAACCCGCUGCACCUGGCUGCCUACAAGGGUCUGGACAGCAUCGUGGCUUGGCUGCUGGCACACGGUGCUGAUGUCAAUGCGCUCAUCGAAGCCACUCCACACAACGCCCUUGUCCCAGCGGUCGUGGCCAACCGUGCCUCUACUGCGCUACUCCUUCUAGCACAUGGGGCCAACCGGGCUAUCGACAUGUCCUAUAAUGGCUUUGCGUUUGACAAUAGUGGCAGACCUCGGUAUACUAGCUGGUACAAGCCGGCCGUUACAACACUGGCGGCUGCCCUGGGAUACGAGGCUAUGGCUGAGAAGCUGAUGGACUCUGGCUUUGUGCCGGCCGCUGGCCCGAGCGAGAUGCUGUACAUCUACGCACAAAAUGGCCAUAGUCGUCCGGCAUUUGUUGCCAAUCUGGUGCAUCGCGGUGCGGAGGCGUCGCCACGCAUGUUCCUUCAUCUGGUCAACAAGGAUCGCUAUAAUUGGUCAAAACUGCCUCUGGCGUUGCUCGAAGCCAUGCCGCUAGACAGCCCUUUUCUCACACAGACGGGAACAUCCACCUUUCCCCAGCAGACCGUCCGGGAAAUCACGGAAAGCUUUCAGAGAGAGUUUUAUUUUACAGACUUUCACGAAAACCACUACGACCGCGAGUACUUCACGACCGACAUCGGGCUAGUGCAGCGUGCACUGCGCCGUCUGCUGAUGUUCCGUGGUGUCGACAUCGAUACCUGUGGACGGUCGCUCUGGCGGCAGUCGUCUUACCAGGCGCCUGACUAUGCGCUAAUCAGGAACUUGCUGCCUCCAUUCCUUGAGGCCGGCAUGGAUGUUCAAUGCAUGCGCAAGGACGGCUGUCAGGACGAGUUUCUUGGAGCAGCAAGCAUCAGGAAGGUGCCGGAUGACCUGCUGGAACUCGCCAGCCGCUACGGCUGCGCGCAGUGCACAAAUAGCGUCGCCAUGCAGCUGGAUGUCGUCUCGCUUCUUCUGCAGCACGGCGCACUGAUCUCGGCGGCUACGCGUGAGCAGGCACUAAGAGAUCACCCGAUAGGCCCGAGCGCCUACACGACUGUUGGCCGGUCGGGCUGGUCCGUCCAGCUCUGCAACACUUUUUUGGAGCACUGCUGCAGCACGCCCGAAGAGAAGCAGAGGGAGGACAUGCGGGAUUUCUUGGCGUUCUACAGAGAGAAGACCAAAAGAGUAUCUAUUGCCAACAUGGCAAAUAUACCAGGAACUGGGGUCUCCCACUGA